ACUCCGUCAGCCGCCAGAGGGCGCUACUGCGCCCUGUGCUCCAGCAGCACGCUUCUUCGCAGCCUUCAGCCUAAUGACAGCAGGAAACCAGGAAAAGCGGUGACGAAUGUGUUGUUGUUUUGAGCCAUAACAGAUUGCAUGGGUGCAGUGCAGCAGCAGAGGGAUGUUGCAAUCUGUUUGUCACCACUGACUUCUGCAUUGUGAGACUGACAAUAGAGUUACUGUAGGUCUGCGUGAGUGGCCGUCAUGUCUGCAGCCGGUCCCCCACAGUCUCCUGGUGUGGCGAAGACUGAAGUGCUGGUUGAGGACUGGUGUCCCGUGCUAGCUGCAACCUUCGCUUACUGGGACAACAUCCUGGGACCUCGUGUACAGCACAUUUGGGCCCCCAAAGGUCAGGGGCUGUCGCUCCUCAGUGAUGGAGAGGUCACGUUUCUGGCCAAUCACACGCUGAACGGCGAGAUUUUGAGAAGUGCGGAGAGUGGCGCAGUGGACGUGAAGUUCUUCGUCUUGGCAGAAAAGGGAGUCAUCAUAGUCUCGCUGAUUUUUGACGGAGAACUCAAGGGUGAUAAGAACACUUGCGCGCUGUCAAUCAUCCUGCCGCAGUCAGAGCUAAGCUUUUACCUGCCACUGCACAGCGUGUGUGUGGAGAGACUCAAACACAUCAUUCGCAAGGGACGCAUCUGCAUGCAGAAGGGUUACAACAUAAUCUAUGUGUUGUCAUCUGAGAUUGUUCCCAUAAUGGAGCUUCUUACUUCUAUGAAGAAACACAGUGUGCCAGAGGAAGUGGAUCUAAAGGACACUGUGCUCAAUGAUGAUGAUAUUGGAGACAGCUGUCAUGAAGACUUUUUACACAAGGCUAUCAGCUCUCAUCUUCAGACUUGCGGCUGUUCAAUGGUGGUUGGCAGCAAUCCUGAGAAAGUCAAUAAGAUCGUGCUCACGCUGUGCCUCUUCCUCACUCCUGCUGAGAGAAAGUGCUCUCGACUGUGUCACCCCGACGGCUCUUUUAAAUAUGACACCGGCCUGUUUGUUCAAGGCCUCCUUAAGGACUCCACAGGCAGCUUUGUGUUGCCCUACCGACAGGUACUCUACUCCCCGUACCCCACCACCCACAUUGACGUGGAUAUUAACACGGUGAAGCAGAUGCCACCCUGCCACGAGCACACGUAUCAUCAGCGGCGCUACAUGCGAGCUGAGCUCAGUGCCCUCUGGAAGGCCGCCAGCGAGGAUGACAUCAGUUCUGACAACCUCAUCAAUGCCCAGGACUCUUUCACCCCAGACUUGAAUAUAUUUCAGGACGUGAUGCACAAAGACACACUUGUGAAGUCCUUCAUAGAUGAGGUGUUUCUUUUGAAACCAGGUCUGUCUCUGCGGAGUGUGUAUUUGUCCCACUUCCUUCUCCUGCUGCACAGGAAGGCCCUGACACUGCUCAGAUAUAUUGAGGAUGAGACGCAGAAGGGCAAAAAACCUUUCAGAUCUCUACGCAACCUGAAAACCGAUUUGGACUUAAUGGUGGAGGGUGACUUGAAUAUCAUUAUGGCGAUGGCGGAGAAGCUGCGGGCAGGCCUUCACUCCUUUGUUUUUGGGAAGUCUUUCCUUACCAGUGUGCAGGAACGUGACCUCCUCAUUAACUUCUGACCUGUGAACCAUGUGGUCAUCACACCACACAACACUUUGGCCACUCUUGCAUCCUUAUGUUUAUUUUAGUAUAUUUAUAUGUGCUUUUUGUUUACAGCCUUCUGAAACUGCUGCUGAAAAGAAUUCUUUAAAAGAAUGCUAAUUGGCUUAGUGAUGCUGAUAAAUUCAUAUUUGUGUGUAGAAGGUUUGGUGUUCAUGAGAUUCUUGAAUGGCCGUAUGAGAAUGGUUAGAUCUUACACUUAAUAGCUUUUUGGUUUACAGCUAACUAACAUAACAUUUGCCUUCAUUCAUAGCAUUAGAGACGUGUUACAUGGCAAGGAACAAAGUUUAAUAGGUUUAUCUUCUAUGGACAUGACUUUUCUCUCGUUUAAAUUGGAACGCCAUGAAGUAAUUUACAGUACGGUUUAAUUAAUCUAACCUUUACUCUGUAAUAACAUUCCCUGACCUUUUAUCUAUGAUUGUCUGUAGACUUUACAGAUGACAGAUCUUUUAUUUUGCAGAACCCCAUUUACUGGGAGACUUUUCUUUGUUUCUUCAGUUGACACUAACAAACGUAACUAACGGUUAAUUAAAUGGCUCACACUUUUUUUUUACAUCUAGCUUGGGGCAUGAAUAUAGGAAACCUAGUGGAAAUGUGGGAAGCGAAGUGCAGCUUAAAUCAUAAGGCCAAAUCUCUGGUGUACAAUGUGCAAGGAAGUCAGCAAAUAACAGGAAGGGCCCCAUAGACAUCUUGCUUUGAUUUUAAACUGUUCUUCCAUAAAACAUUACAUUACUCCACUGUUAUGUAUGUUAUGUAUUAAACAGACAUUGCAUGAAUGCUGACAUAAUAUUUUGGACUAUUUAUGAAAUCAUAAUCUGAAGUUUAUUUUUAACUGUGACGGAUAUUGGUACAUUUCAAGUUGUAAAUGUGUUAAUAAAGUGUGCCUUUUGUUUGUGAAAUGUGACUUAUUUGAUUAUACUGUACCUGUCAAAAUCCUUUUCUUGUUUACUGGUCAUAAGUAGCAUGUGUAUAUUUGUAGCAAUAGCCAA